UCCCGGCCGGUGCGGCGCGGGCCGCGGGCGGCGGCUGCCGGUGGCGGCGGCGGCGGGAUGGCGCAUCCCAGCGAGGCCUCGGCGCACACGGCGACCGCCGGCGCGGCCAUGGACACCAACGUCCUGGCCAUCGUCAUCGCCGCGACGGUGUCCACCUCCGUCUUCAUCGUGGCAAUCCUCAUCCUGCUGCUGCUCCUGUACCACCGGGACCCCAUGUGCUGCCAGUUCCUCUGCUCCUGCCGCUUCUUCCAGACCCCCAGCCAGUAUGACUGUCCCCCACCCUACUUCAGCAGCAGCCAGCGGCUGGUGGGGCCCCAGCAUGGAGCGUCACGGCUGGAGAGCGCGGCUGAGGGCCCUGGCGUGCAGGGAGAUGAGCUAUUCUGCGUCGGACCCCCCAGCAGCUACCAGCUCCCUUCCUGGGAGCAGCCCCGCUUGCCAAGCUACGAGAGCGUGCGGAAGAAAGAUCGCCAACGGGAAAUCCACCAGAUGAUUGCUGAGAGGUUUGGGCUGUGGGCAGAGCCUUCCCAGGAGAUGCCGCCUCCCUACGAGCACGCUCUGAGGCAUCCUCCAGCUUUCUCAGGAACAGUAAUAAGCUCAGAGACCUUGGACAGACGUGCUGUGCCAGACCCUUUCCAGGCCCCUCUCAGCUACCAAACUCAGCGAAACACGGCUGUGUAAGGCCUCAGCGUACCGCUGCUGCCCGGGGUGUCAGCGACAGAAGUGCCUGUGACAUCGUUCUUGUCCGCCGGGAACGGCCAAACGUCAGACCUUCACCCCGAUUCCCAACCAGCCGAGACCCUGGCAGGUCAGGGCCAGCCAGUGGGGGAUGUCCCUCCUGCAGCACAAGGACAACCGCUGAGCGGAGCGGCUGGGGAUGUCUGCUCGCGCUUCUCUGGAGAACGUACUGUGGCCGAAGGCGAGGGGCCAGCUGCUUGCUUCUGCACAGCGGGCAGAGCCAAGGUGAAGGUCUGCUCAGCCAGAGCUCCUCCAGGCAGCCAGCACAUCAUACCUCCGUGAGGCAAGUGCUGCCAGCCGUCCCAAGAAUCAGAUCUCAGGCAGUGGUCGUGUCGUGCUACUUCACUUAUUUCUUAGGUUAUAAAAUGUUUUACUUUAUCGAUGUAUUGGCUGCCCAGGUGGGAAUCCUCACCUGUGCGCAGCAGAACGAAUCUACAUCAGAGCGUUGCUGUGUGCUCUCACAGCAAGGCUCCUCUCUGACCAAGAGCAAUUUUGUGUGGACUUCAGAGGAAGGUUUGGAGAGGCUGCAUCACGGGCUGUGUGCAAAUACCAACCACUGAGGCAAACCGUGAGACUGGACACACGAGCUGGGAAAGGACAGAGUGUGGACAAAACAGCUGGUGAAGAACAUAAAGCAAAGGUGGAUGUGCGUGGCUGACCCAGUUUACAUCGUCAACUUCUGCAGAGCAGACAAUCUAAUGUCAGCACUGGUGUCCUUACACCACCAAUUUUGAUAACCUGUUUUCUACUGCAGAGAAAAUGUUUCAAAUUGUUUACAAACCUGUAGAUAAAAUGAAAUCAGUUUGGCCAUA